AUGGUCCUCGUCACCGAAGUAAGUUUGCAAAGCUUGCGCACUGCGCGCGUGCGCCUCCGCCUGCACAACCUCCGUCAGUGUAUUUACCUUUCCUUGCUCGAUCACGCCUCGCUCGUGCCAGCUCACCAAAGCUCUCGGAUUGGAGGUGCCGCUUGUGCAAGGCGGUAUGCAAUGGGUCGGAGUACCUCAACUCGUCACUGCCGUAUCCAACGCCGGAGCACUUGGCUUGCUGACUGCUCUGACGCAGCCUUCUCCGGAUGCGCUCAGAGAGGCGAUCCGAGAGACUCGCAAGAACCUCAAGCCGGGUGUGGAUAAGCGAAGCAAGUAUGGAGGAUUUGGAGUAAACAUAACCAUUUUGCCUUCCAUCAACCCGCCUGACUACGAGGGGUACACGCGCGCUGCGCUCGAGGAAGGUGUGAGGAUCUUUGAGACGGCGGGAAGCAAUCCGGGCCCGAUCAUCAAGGCUGUCAAGGAGUAUGGGGGUUACGUCAUUCACAAAUGCACCACUGUUAGGCACGCUCGUAGCGCGCAGAAGCUCGGCGCAGACAUGCUCUCCAUCGACGGCUUCGAAUGUGCCGGACAUCCAGGAGAAGACGAUAUCGGAGGUCUGGUACUGAUGGCGCGCGCAUUCGAAGAGCUUUCCGUUCCAUUCAUAGCCUCUGGCGGAAUCGCCAAUGGCCAAGGGCUGGCCGCUGCCUUGGCACUGGGCGCAUGCGGAGCGAACAUGGGCACGAGGUUCAUGUGCACAAAGGAGGCGGAUAUCCACGAGAAUGUCAAGAGGGCUAUCGUGGACUCGGACGAGAGGCAGACGGUGCACAUGUUCCGCACGCUAAGGAACACCGCUAGAGUGUUCAAGAACAAGGUGUCGAUGCAAGUCGUAGAGCUGGAAAAGAAGGGAGCCAAAUUCCCAGAGAUUCGUGAGUUUGCACCGCAGUCGGCGCAAAGGCGCGCACACGUUGCGCAUCACUCUCGCGAGAAUGUGCGUGCCGACCUGACCUUGCCACCACCUCAUCCCUCGACCACCGAUGUUGUAGAACCGCUCGUGUCUGGUCAGCGUGGAAGAAAGGUGUACACCGAAGGCGAUCUGGAUGCGGGAGUGUGGACAGCCGGAAUCACGCUUGGACUCAUUCACGAUAUUGUGAGUAGAAAUAAUCGCCUCUUCUCAUCCAGAGUGUGACCUACACAUGCUCGCACGACACUAACCUCGAACCCAUUUCGACGCUCUUGCAGCCCACGUGCGAAGAGCUGGUGAAGCGCAUUGGCCAAGAUGCCGAGAAGCACAUUGAUAGGCUGGCAUCGCUCUCUGCUCACAAGAGCAGCUCCUCCGCUUCGAGAGAGUCGAGGCUGUGA